GAACAACACGGGCUAUACUUUUGGCUAAUAAUAUCGGCUACGGCUACCUUGAAACAUUCUAGACACAGUCGUGACGAGAUGGUAGUCUCCAUGUAGCCUAAAGUUAUGUUAAUAUGCCCAGGCCUAUUAGCGCAGCAGUGGCUGUCAUUGUUCUGUUUCUCCUAUGCAUCUGCUCAGGUGUCCUCAGUGUUGCUAUCAGCCGACCCAGGAAAUGAACUGGUUGUGGGAGAAACACUCAUUUUAACCUGCAGAGUGAUCAUAGAUGCCGUUGAGGCCCCUCAGCUGGCCUAUGACAUCCGGAGGGACAACAUCACAGUAUCCACCACCACACAAAUCCAGGGCAAGACUUACAGUCUUUUUAUAGAAGAUGUCACCACAGAACAGUCUGGAAAGUACAAAUGUGAAGUAACUCUACCUCAGGGUGAGCAGAGAGUAAGUGAGGAUUUACAAGUGACUGUGGAAGACAUCCUCCUGAAGCCCACUCUGACCGUGAGUCCUCCAGAUGGGCGAGCGUACUCCGAGGAUACCGUCCUCCUGCAGUGUGGACUGCAGCAGCGCCGCGGCUGGAAGUACCUCUGGUACCACGGCUCUCGGAGCGCCCCCCCACUGGAGCAGAUCUGGGAUGGGGGAGGAGGGGAGGCCGUGCUCAGGCUUUGGCGCUCCACACUCUCAAACACGGGCCAGUACUGGUGCAGAGCCGGCAGGGGCGCGCCUACCUUCUACACGGACUACAGUGACUCGGUCUACCUCAAUAUCACAAAUUUCUUCAGCCGUGUGACCCUGUCUGUGAGCCCUGGGGCGGUUCUGAAGGAGAAUGAGCCAUUCCGCAUCACCUGCGACGCCCAGGUGAGCGAGCGAGAGAGCCUGAAGCCUGAGAACAGCUCCAGUAGGCGCGCUCAGGUGACGUACACCUUCUACAGGAACGGCCAGCCUCUCCUCUCUAGCGCCGCCCGUGUGGCCGUGGUGGCCGUGGACCAGGCGCGCAGCUGCCACGCGGGCAGGUACAGCUGCAGGGUGGCCUCGGGGAGAGCCCAGCUGUCCAGCCCAGAGCUCCACCUCACCACAGACGCAGACACCUCUCUCCUCAUGGUAAUCCUGGUGGGUGUGGCUCUUGUCAUAGCUGUCACGCUGGCUGCGGGCUUCAUACCAGAGCUGCUCCCCAGAGAUGUUCCUUCAUCCAUGGCUUGUCUAACCCGUGUCAUGACACACACUUCUGGGAGAGAAAGCACUUACCGCUGCCCAGCCGAGCCUGAACCGGCUGUGUGUACCAGUCUUGCUCAAUAA